GAAGAAGAAGUAGAGGGACCGCGAGCGCCGCCAACAAGUCACGCGACGUCUACAUGUACAAUAUAACUCCGAACUCAAGAGGUUGCAGCGUGUUCGUGCGCGCAUGCGUGUAUAUUUAAGGGGUAACCUAAACUGUUUUCUACACCUCCACAGACUUCACGAGGACAACCAGCCGCUCCUCCUCUUCAUCAUCAUGGCUCUAGAUGGAUGUGGCCUCUUCUGCAAAUACACCCUCUUCAUUUUCAACCUCCUCUUUGCGGUGGUGGGGUUCGCCUUCUUGGGCAUCGGCCUGUGGCUGAGGUUCAGCGAUGGCACCAGGGGCAUCUUCGAGAUAGAGGCCCUGGACUCCAGUGCCUUUGUGACGGCGGUGAGCAUCCUGAUCGCUCUGGGCGCGGUGAUGCUGGUCGUGGUGGUGUUCGGGGACUACGGGGCCUGCAGUGAGAAAAGAUGUGCUCUGCAAGUGUUCUGCAUCCUCGUGACCAUUCUGGCGGUGGCUGACGUUGCUGUCGGCGUGGUUGGUUUUAACAAUAAGGAUUCGGUUGGAGCGCACAUCGUGGAGUUCUACGCCAGCAUGUACGCUCUGUAUGUGACGGGCGGAGACCCGGUCAUUGGUGUCACCCUCCGGUUCAUCCACAAUCUGCUUCACUGCUGUGGCGUGACCGGGUUCACGGCGUUGGAGUUGGUUAGCGACACCUGUCCUCCACCAGAGGGUUUCUUUGAGAAAUUCAAGAUGCCUGGUUGUACUACGAUCAUCCUCAGCGUCUUUGACAGCAAAGCAGAGCUGAUGUUGGGCAUCUUCAUUGGCACUGGCGCUCUCUUGAUCGUCGCUCUGGUUUGCAGCGCGAUCCUUUGCAAAAAGAUCCGUCGGUGCAGCUCUUCUUUUCAGAGCAUCGCCAUGACUCAAGGCACCGCCAUCAUGGCUGUCCCUCCGCAUGGAAUAGUCUCCUCCUCCUACCCCACCCCCUGCCUUUACCCCGACCCAGUGGUCUUCACCCCUCUCUCUGUGGCCAAGGUCCCGUUGGUUCAGCCCUAGUCUGCUUGUCUUCUGGUGUCUGUGUCUUGGUUUGAUACGAAGCUCUUGCAUAUAAUCUGUUUCUACUCCAUUCUCUUCUUGUCCCGUCUCUGCAUGGCGCCUCCUGCUCGCCGUGAAAGAAAAAUCCACCUUUAUAUUUUUAAAAAAUGACAAUCUUUUGGAACCGUUGUUUUUGAAUUAUUUGCCUAUUAGCACAGCUACUGUGGGCAACAGAUGCUUUCAAAUUCCCGGAGCAAUUAUUUUCCAUAAACCCUCCUGUUACCUUUAUAUUUACUAACAUAUUUUACCCUUGAGGUCAAUAUGACCCCAGCUAUUAAAAUCUCCAGAAAAUUAUUAGAAUUAAUAUUGUUUUCCAAGUUUAAGUGUGAGGUACUUUAUGUUUGUUUGUUGACUCCCGAAAGAACACCGACAUUAAACAUUGAAUCGGGUCAAAUUGACCCGAAGGCGACAGGAGGGUUAAAUAUUGAAUCGGGUCAAAAUGACCCGAAGGCAACACAAGGGUUAAGCAGAUACUUCUCAAUUCUGCAUCACGAAGCUACAUAAAACAUUAAUUGUAAAAAAUAAAAGUUGCGUAAGCUGUGUGUCUACAGGUAAAGAAUACUUACCCAAGGUUGGAUUUUAUUUUUUACAUUCCUCACGCUGCGCACCGACUCACUGUGGCUGGUUUAACCCUGAAGCCGGUUGCUCACUGCACCGCCCUUUUGUCCCACCCCCACCUUUCACUUCCUCCCGUGUCUGCACCACAGGUCACGGCCCUGGUCUGCACCGUCAUCCUCCUGAAACAGACCAAGAGAGACCAGCAGGCGGUCACCGCAUACUACACCACCGUGUACUAACGG